CUGUGACCUGGCCUUAUAAGAGCUGGCUGGAGCAGCCAGGGACUGGCAGAGCUGGGAGGACGGGGACAAUCCGGCCCGUGACAGAUUCUGGAAGGGAUUUUACGUCUCUCUCCCGCCGGCUGAGUUUGGACGAGGAGCUGCCUCAGCCAUGAGCAGCAGUGUGGAUCCAGGCUGUGAGAGGUGCCAGUGCCACAAGGACAGGCAGCCUGCCAUCCUGUACACGCUGCUGAGCCAGGAGCUGCGGCCUGGCACAGGCGGGCAGCGCUGUCUGUGCCGGCAGCGCCGCGCCGUGUGCCUGCGCACGCCCCACCUCACCUGCCGGGCCGCCUCCGGCGUGCUGCUCAAAACCAUCAGCUUCAUGAGGAACGUGGCUGCCUUCCACCUGCUGCCCCGGGAGGAUCAGCUGCUGCUGCUGCACAGCUGCUGGGUGCCCCUGUUCCUGCUGGGGCUGGUGCAGGAGAUGGUGACCUUCGAGGUGAUGGAGGCCCCGGCCCCCAGCAUGCUCAAGAAGAUCCUGCUGAACGGCCAAAGCAAAGGGCAGGAGCCUGAGGGGACACAGCCCACGCUGGCGGCCGUGCAGCGCCUGCAGUGCUGCCUCAACAGCUUCUGGAGGCUGGACCUGAGCCCCAGCGAAUACACCUACCUGAGGGGAGCCAUUCUCUUUAAUCCAGACAUCCCGGGGCUGAGGGCUGCCCUGUACAUCGGGAGCCUGCAGCGAGAGGCGCAGGGGGCGCUGCGGGAGCUGCUGCAGCCCGAGGGGCAGGCGCGCUUCUCGCGCAUCCUGCGCGCCAGCUCCUCGCUCCGCUCCGUCCCCGCCGGCCUCGUCACCGACCUGUUCUUCCGUCCCGUCAUCGGCGACGCCGCCAUGGGCCAGCUGCUGGUGGAGAUGCUGUUCGAGGCGCCCUGGCUGCCCCUGCCCCGCUGAGCCGGGCUCUGCAGGAGCUCUGUGUUCCACUGGAGGAUCCCUGGGAGCAGCUGGGAUUUUUACAGCAGCUCCUGAUUCGCCUGGGCCGCUCUCCACCCCAGGGAGUCUGUGGGUUCCCUGCCCUGCUCCCAGUUUUCACUCAUUUGCUGUGAGCUCCAAGCAGUGAGGGUUGUCCUCAGCUUGAUCCCGUGGUGUCUGACGACCUCAGUGGGAUCACUGACAGGACAAAUGUGGAAUUAACUCUGGGUCUGGCUUCCGUGUUUGGAAUCUUAGAAAUCCUCAGGAAAUUUCUUCAGGGAAAAAGCCAGGGUAUUAAAUCUUACAGGGUGUACAGACUCACCCCUCUUUUCCUUAGAUUCUCUCUUUGCUCCAUAAUUCCAUGAAAUACAAGAGGAUUAAGAGCACUUAGCAGCACCUAAACCUACUGCACCUCAUUUGGGGCUCGGAGCUCUCCCGUCUGUGUGAAAAGUUAAACCUGAGCUAGUUUAGUGGGAGAUCCAAACCUCCCUCCCUGGAGUCAGAGCCAGGUGCACACCUGGAAAACUCGCUCCUGCUGCCUCCAGCAGGUGAGGUGGCAGUAUUUUAUAAGUGGACAUUUCUUUGGUUUGUAUAUAAGAUGCAAUAAAUUAUUUUUUUAAUAAAAUGUUUGGUGUUUUAGAA